CGUGAGCUGGCGUCACGUGUUCUGGAGAGGAAAAAGGGGGUCCUUUUUGGUGUAAAUCUGUACUCUAAUUCUGUAAUAUAUCAAGGAAUCUCGUAAAACCGACACUAAAACGUCCCUGCCUACAAAUCAUCCGGCCAAAUUAUGAGUUCAUUGUAUUAUGCGAAUGCUUUAUUUUCUAAAUAUCCAGCCGCAAGUUCGGUUUUCGCUACUGGAGCCUUCCCCGAACAAACUUCUUGUGCGUUUGCUGCCAACCCCCAGCGCCCGGGCUAUGGAACAGGUUCGAGCGCUUCCUUCGCCGCCUCGAUGCAGAGCUUGUAUCCUGGCGGGGGGGGCAUGGCGGGCCAGAGUGCCGCCGGCGUCUACGCGGCCGGCUAUGGGCUCGAGCCGAGUUCCUUCAACAUGCACUGCGCGCCCUUUGAACAGAACCUCUCCGGGGUGUGUCCGGGCGACUCCGCCAAGGCGGCAGGCGCCAAGGAGCAGAGGGACUCAGACUUGGCCGCCGAGAGUAACUUCCGGAUCUACCCCUGGAUGCGAAGCUCAGGAACUGACCGCAAGCGAGGUCGCCAGACCUAUACCCGCUACCAGACCCUGGAGCUGGAGAAAGAAUUUCACUACAACCGCUACCUGACCCGGCGGCGGCGCAUCGAGAUCGCGCACGCGCUCUGCCUCACAGAAAGACAGAUCAAGAUUUGGUUUCAGAAUCGGCGCAUGAAGUGGAAAAAGGAAAAUAAGACCACGGGCCCUGGAACCACCAGCCAGGACAAGGCAGAAGCAGAUGAGGAAGAGGAAGAGUGAGAGAAAGAGAAAGGGCAAAGGAAAAGAGAGAGAGAGAGAGGAGAAAGAAUAUGAAUAUGAAUCCUAGCUCUGGGAACUGAACCAGGAAACUCAAGUCAUAGGGAAGAAAAACAC